AUGAGCUUCAUUUUGAGAUUAAGGCAUAAUUUAGCUAAUGGGUUAUCCAGAAAAUCUUUGGUAGCACUAAAUCCCAUUAACUUCAAUGGGUUCACUCGAAGUUUUGGUCAACCUGCAAAGGAGGAAGAAGAGGAAGAAGUUGAGAUUGAUCAGAGAAGGCUCCCAACUGAUUAUGAUCAAGCUACUUUCGAUCCUACGGAGCAUCGUAGUCCUCCAACGGACCGUGUCUUUAGGCUUGUAGACGAAGUUUCAGGACUCUCAUUGGCUGAAGCUUGCGAGUUGGGAGUCGUUAUGAUGAGAAAAAUGGGAAUGAAGGAACCACCAACAGUGGGAGUCAUGAAACCAGGAGCUGCUGGAGUGGCUGGAAUUGCAGUGAAGGCAGCAACAUCCGCCAAGGAGGAGAAGAAACCAGAAAAGACUGUUUUUGAAUUGAAACUGGAGUCGUACGAAGCUGCCGCAAAGAUCAAGGUAAUCAAGGAGGUUAGGAGUUUUACGGAUUUGGGUCUCAAGGAAGCCAAAGACUUGGUGGAGAAGACACCUUCAAUUUUCAAAAAGGGAGUAUCAAAAGAAGAAGCUGAACAAAUAAUUGAGAAGAUGAAAGCUCUUGGGGCUAAGGUUAUCAUGGAAUGA